UCUGCGGCGAACAUUGCGGUGCUGUGGCGGGCUGUUUUUGCCGAAGAGUCACAGCGAGGCGGAGUCACCUGAUUGGCUGGACAGAAGGGCGGAAGUGCGUGUGGCGUCCCAGCUGUGCUGAAAACAAAACAAGACAAGCUGCGACUGCACCAUGAUGGAUGAGUUGGUGCAGGACCUGGUGUCUGCGCUGGAGCAGACCUCGGAGCAGAGCAAGCUGGGGGAGCUGUGGGAGGAAAUGGUCUUGAGUCCCCUGCAGCAGCGUCGGCAGAUCCGCCGCCGCAGAGUGCGCAGGCGCUACCGCGAGUCCCCUCUGUAUCUGACAGAGCACAGACGUUGCUGGAUUGAGGCCUCUGAGUCCAGUUUGGACGAGGCUAAACACUACAGGGAGAACUCUUCCUCGACCAUCGCUGCCUCUGUAGCCAACUGCAGUGACUCUGACGACUUGACUUCAACCAAUCAGUGGCACUCCGUCAUGAGAGGCCCGGCCAGGACGAGGCAGCCCUCCUGGCCAGAGUCUGACUCCUUCAGUGAGAAUAAUCCAGGACGGCCGCUCAGGAGGCGAAGGAAGGUCAAACGUAUGACCUCAGGCGUCACGGUCAGGCUAAAGCAGAAGUUAAAUGUUUCGGGUGUGGAUGGGAAACGGAGGUACAGGCCAUCUAGGAUGGAGCAACUGUCCGGUUCGAAGAAGAGGUCAGGUGGUUGGAUGGGAGCAGAAAGACAGACUGAAGGAGCCAGGCUGAUGGGAAAGGAAUGCUGGAAGAGGAAGAUGGCCAAGGAGCACAGAGAUGGUGCAGAUGAAAACAUGUCUGAAGGUGAAACCAGCAGCACAUGCAGCAGUGACCCUGGUCUUUUCACCAACGAUGAAGGAAGACAAGGCGAUGACGAGCAGAGUGACUGGUUCUUCGAGGGGGACUGUGGAGCUGGGACAGGCAUGGCAGGCUUGUUGCCCAACUGGGACUCAGACAACCAGCUUUCCCUUGAGGAUAACCGCCCAUCGCCCACCUUUCUGCAACCUGCACGGCCCUCUCAGAGAAGGUAUCAUUCACGUCUUAAACAACUGCCUGGCUCUGCUGCCUGCUGCAUCAGGAAGGAUAGGAGGAGGAUUCCCAGCAAGGGCAACAGCAUGCCAGUGUUUGUAGAGAGACUGAGACAUUUCUCCCAAGAUCCUUACCAGAGAGACUUUUGGCUGCCUUCUGUUGGAAAACGAGACCGAAGCCAGUUGAACCCUUUGUGCCCAUUACCCGUGUGUCCUAUUGACAUGGUGUCAGAGAGCUCCCAUCUCCGAUCUUCCUCUUCAAUCUGCAGAAACAGGAAGACUAACAUCACCCCAGGACUGUCAUGCACAGGACACUUCAGGAGUAGGGAAACAGAAGCUGUGUCCAUCACAACAUCAGCUAGCAACCCAUUUCAUAAGGAUCACCAGAGAGAAGAGGCACAGGGAGCCAAUAACACCUCAACCCUAGAGGCCGUGGGGGCAGCCAGUGCAGCAGGUUCCCAGUCUUUUGCUCAGCCUGAAACUUUUUCUCCAGGGGGGCCAUGAGGACACCUGAAAACUGGACAAGCACCCAAGCUUGGGAGAACAUGAAAAAAAAAAAGGAAAUCUGUUGUGCCUGAGAAAAGGCUUCAACUCCUCUUGCUGCACAAAAUUUAGGACAAAGAAAAAAUACAAAGCACAUCAUCAAAUCAGCAUGUUACUGCUAGAUCCAGUCUUUCCGGGUAGUAUACUAAGUACGGCAAAUGUUAAUGCAAUCAAGCCUCGUUAAGCCCUCCGUCAUCUCCUCAAGGAAGACGGCAGCGUCAAGAGGCUCCUCGUUUAACUCAAGCCUCGGCGGCUCCUCCUGUUUCCACACACAUAGUCUCCAGGCCACCUGCCACCAUGCAAUCCAACAAUUAUGUCCACUGUUGUAGCACAGCAUUUGUCAGCGGGAACACUGGGAGGAUGGUCAGGUGAGGCUGCGUGGCUGCUGGAGGGUGGGGGGUGGGGGGGCAGCAGCACGUAGCCAACUCUGAAACAGGAGCGCAUCAGAAUGUUUAGCUGCCACAUGCUGCUACCAGGUUCAGUGAGGCGACCACCGGUAGAGAGCCACACAAAGUACAGGCCUCCUAUUAGCAUUGAUUUGAAAAGCUACAGUUUGUACAAAGGUGCUCAUUAGCACAACACAGAGGGAGCGUAGUCGCGGUCCGUGGAGGGCCGUCUCUGUUCUCUCCAGCUUACCUUCCAUAUUCAAAUUUCCCCCAAACGUAUUUAAGUUCAAGGCCGGCUACAAAAUCUGUUUGAACAGCCUGUUUUUCAGCGGUGGUGGAUACGUUGCUUGUGGAGCUGUGCAGACGGUAGAUGAGAGCCAGCAGAGCGGGGUUGGAGGAGCUCUUGGAGACAGUAGAGGAGGGUUGUACACGGUAUUUUCACCUACCCUUGGGGUAUACAUUUCCCUGGCUCCCUCGGCAUCAGAUGCAUUAAAAGAUCAAUGGCAGCAUACAGUGAGAUCAAACACAACAGUUCUCGCCAAGCUGGUAUACAAGCAGAAAAAUGCAUUUGCUGGAGUCAAGUGAUGUGCAUUCUGCUUGACAUGAACCAUAUGGGUGAUAACUGUUAUAGGCUUUAAAACAUGAACAAAAACUCCUGCGUACAACCACAUCAUCUCUGUUGUAGUCUCAUCAGGUGUUUUGCAAUAAAACAUCAACCUGAAGGGAAACAGCAGAGUGAUUUUGGUUCUGACUAAAUAAGUUUAUUUGUUGUUAAAAAUGAGACACAUUAAAAACCCUCUUGAUGGAACAGGUACGCACUUUUGUAUAAUGAUUGCAGGAUAUCUUUUUAGUGAAAUUAACUGCAUAAUCAUCAGCCACAUAUCACAUGUCUUUUCAGACACUUUAAAGCCUUAUUUAAGAGAAGAAUCACAUUUAGUAGAAUGAGAUUUGCCAAUUAACGUGAGUUAUACGUCUGCAAUAAUCCGUCUGAGAAGGCUUUAUGUGAUCAUGUUGGCCAGGGAUGACAUUUAUAAAUGCUGUGUGUGCACACUCGUCUAAAUGGAUGCCUCACACAAGACAUCCUGCCACAGGAAUCAGUCAAAGUGUUGAGGCAGAGAGCAUCCCCAACCCCACCCCCCACCCCCACCCACCCCUCCGCCUCCCAGUCUCUCCUGCUGCAGCUUGACCAGGGAGUCCAGCAGCACUGUAGGCUCUUUCAACGUCAGGAAUACACACCUGAUUGAUAGGAACAGCACAGGUUGAGGUUCCCAAUUAGAAAAAAGAGGCUUUUGAUAAAUACAUUGAUGGCUUUUUUAAGACAUAUGCCCCUGAACACGGUGACAAGUAUUGACUGUGUAGUGUUUUAAGGAGAGCUUCUCGCCAUAGCCUUAUCCGUCAGUCUGUGUUUUGGAGCCAAGGCAUUGACAGGAGAGGAAGACACAUCAGUACAGAUGCAGUUCCAUUAGCAGGAAGAGGGAAACCCCUCACCUGCCUCUCUGGUAAUUAGCAGUCACCAUAAUGACAUCUCAGCCAGACCGUAUGCCCCAAAAUGAAUUUCCAAUGGCCAGGAAGUGGGGGAAUGGCUUCCGUGCAGCCAGUCAAUUGCCCUGUUACAGUUAAGGAAUCCAGCAGGCCGGUGCCACUCAUAUUUCAUCCCAGGUAAAGAUUACCUGUCAGGCCCAUGGGAGAUGUAUUGAUCUGUUUUCCUUUUUCCGCUAGCAAUCACCUGACAAAGGCACCUAGGAGGCAAGUGAAUGAGUGAUGCCUGGUGUGUCUGCUCCAGCAUGGUGGCUUCUAGUGUCCACUGAUGGGUGGAGAGGUGAUGAGGAAGAGGGGAGAUAAUGCAGUCAUAAACUCUGUUUGAACCUCCUCUGUAUGCAUGCAGGACAGCCCCUUUGUGCCCCAGGUCACAGGUCACUGGGGAAUUUGCCUUUUUUUUGGCUCCUUUCUUGUCAGUGACGUUUGUUCUUGCUAUGUAGUGUGUAGUGAUGACAGAAACACAUGCAAAAGAGGCUCUAUGGUUCCUGCUGACAAAUGCAUGUUUCGAGUCACCGUAGUUCAACUCACUUUGGGUUUCAAGAGUGAUCCGGUUUGAUCUGGGCGCUCUCUCACAAUGAAACCCAACCCUGUGCAGUCUAAGGGUUUCCCGUGACUGUCAGUGUGGCAGUGAUCAAUACAUUUUACAUUAUCUCAUGUUUUCUUGGCAGCUAAAAGUAUUUAUAUAUUUGCCUUGUUCAGUGGAAUGUUAGAAUUUAUAUCAUCCAUGAAGCCAUGUAUUUAAAGUGAUUGCACUGUAUAAAAUGUGAGUAUUGAGUAUUUAUGUGAUGCAUAAUUAUAGGUCCAUUAAUUGAGGAUUUAGGUCUGAAGACAUUAAAUUCAUAAAUUGAUUUUCAUGAUAGAUAGUACAGUAGAUACGUCUCCCUAAUUUUUUACUAUCAUAUUUUUUAAUUUCAUUUACAAGGAUUUAAAUAUAUCUCCCUGCUAUCAGGGCUCUUAGGCAGCUAUCCACAUUUGAUACGUGGUACAAAUAGCAUCUUAUCUCAUAGGCUGUUAUCUUUAUAUUUAAUAGAAGUGGCGGCAUGCCUAAUUGCUUUGCAAGUGAUCUAAAGAGGAUUACUUCUCCCUUAGAAAGCCUGCACGGUGUCACUAGAUGUUAGAGAGACAUUACAAUGGUAAAAUUCAAUCAAACCUGCAGUGCUGCGUUUAUGCAGUAGCUCUGUUUUCUGUGAUCGUCACUCAGUGUUAUGUCAAAAUAAUUGUCAGUAUGAGGUGGAUGCUCUGCUUUUGAAUUAACUGUAUGAACAUGAUUAUGGAAUAUUAUGGAUAAGAAGCUUUUUUAAGAAAUUGUACUUCUACUUCUGUCAUUUGUGUAUAUAUUUACUGUCUUGCCUUCUUGUCAUACAAUAGGUGAAGUUAUAAUCAUUCUAUGUCAUGAGUAUUAAAAGAAAAACUGCAGUAUAUGUUUGUUUCAAAUACUGAAUUUGUGUGCAAUAAAUUAAUUGUGGCGAUCA